UGGAAAGUCCUUAAGAAGAGAAAUUUUGAACCUUUUGGUGUUCUUCCAUUUCAAAAAUAAAGAUCUAAAUCAGUGUUUCGAUAAGCCCUCCUAUGCAGACUUAAUGGCUAGCUUAUUGAGCUUGUAUGUAGACCUCAACUUGGUGUUAAACAGGAAAGUGGAGGAGGAUUUUGAACUUGGUGAACACGUGGCAUUUGUUGUGCAUUUCUUGUUACGAAAUUCACCUGUACACUACCUAGAUGUUAUUCUGCAGUUGGAGGCAGUGGAAGAAAUGGAUAAAGAUGUGAUAUUACCCCUCUUCAGGAAGAUCCUGUCAAGUCCUCCUGCUAAGGAGACAUGUGCAUGGUACUCAAAGUACAUGGUGGCUGUUCGCUUUGCCAUGAGAAGUCUAGGAGAAGUCAAUAUACAAGAAAUACUGCGGGUUGCCCAAAGUAUACCAGCACCUCCUGACUUCAUGGAUUGGCUGAGGCAGAACCACGCAGUUGCUGUUGACAGUUUGCCAGAAACUAAAAAGUUUAAAGGAAUCCACAUAAGUCGAUUUCUGCUGAAUCCAGCUGAAGCAGAUGAGGAACUGCUGGAAAAGUUAUUGGAUAUAAUGACAGAACAGCAUGUCACAGAGAAAGAAAAUAAUAGCAGUGUAGAUGGUGAGAAUUCAACUUUGCACAAGGAUGAUCAAGGUGCAACUGCAGACCAGGAGCUCACCUUCUUUGUGGAUACUACAGCUGACAAGAAAACUGCUGCAGAAAUGCAGAGGGAGUUUCAAACUUUAAACGAAGAGACUGAAGGAUUGGAUAAAGAUGAGAGUGAUUUGGAAGUAAUGGAGGUAGAUAUUAACAGUGUAAUCCUAAACAUGGAUUCUGAGUCUGAAGAGGAUGUGGUGUUGUUAUCCCGAAAUGGUAGUGAAUUUGGAGAAGAAGAAGAUGUGGAGUCAUUAACCACAAAAGAAACUGUGAAAGAUGUUAUUGACGCUGGCUUGGAAACUGUACCUGACUCUAGCUCGGACAUUGAACAUACUGCUACUAGACAUGUUGCUUCACUCCCAGAUUUAUCACAGCAUUUGAAAAAGAUUGAACAUUUACAAGAAAGAGAAGAAUCGCCAGAAAUUGAGAUUCAAGCAGAGAUUAAAAGAAAUCCAGAAAAAGCAUUGGAGUUAUCUCCUAGUCCUAUAAAAAGACGGUUAAGACCACAUAGUGCCAUGAAAGGAACAAGAAAGUCUGAACGUCCCAAAAGAGAAAUGACUAAAGCAUUGGUCAGUAUGUCUGGUGUGGAAGGUGCUUCUGGCUUACAGGUGUAUGAUUUUACAUCAGAUGUGGAGUUGUCACCAGCAAAGCUGAGAAAAACUGAUACCAGUUCUAUAACCAGAUCAUUGCCAGAUAGUAAAAAUGAAGUAUCUAAACUUGACAGAGAGUCCAUUUCAAAAAGUGUAACUGCAGUUAGAACUCUAAGAUCAAGAACUAUAUCUGAAUGCUCUGCUGCCAGUUCCAAGGCUGAUAAUAUGGAUAUCACUAUAUUGGAUUAUAGAAAGGAUUUGCCAAAGCGGCAUUCCAAAAGAACGAGAACCCCAGUGAAGCUGAAAGAAAAACCAAAUGAUGAGGUCUCAAAAAUGAAAGGUUCCAACGACGUUAUUCCUGUAAUGGAACAAGUGGAUAAAUCCGAUACUGGACAGCCAAGGGAGGAAACAUCGGAGGGCCACAGAAGGAAAUCCGGCAUUCCACCCGCUUCUCGUAGAAACAGUGCCAAAUAUGCCCUGCGAUCCUCCCGGGUUGAUGGCACUGAGUAAAGGAAACUGUGUUGAGAUUUCUUCUGGCAUGGGUGAAAGUUUUCAGGAUAAUGCCCGAUUUCAGGGUUUUCAAUCUUCACUUUGAUACAUGUUUUUCAUAUGGUCUUUAUGCAGUGAAAAAUUGCAAGCUACGUUUUCAGGAUUUUCAGUUUACAACUUUCACCCAUGUAAUUACACCAUGUCAACGCACCACAUCCAAACAUACGAGAUCAGUGCAUGGUAUUCAAUAUAGAAUACCCCCCUCUUGUUUUUUGUAUAGAACACGUUGUUGUAAUUUAUAUUUAAAACAUUACUUGAUCGAAAGCUAAUACAUUUACAUCUUUGUAAAUAUAUUUGCUUUAUGUUUAUUAGGUGUGGUACAACAGUCAUAUAUAUCACCAGGUGUUUCUUGCCUUCAAAUUAUUUUACAGAGAAGUAUUUAUAUCCUCUUUGAGUUAGACUCACGGUAGGGUAAUAAAUUGUUAACAUAUUGCCGGCUAGUUCAUCUUUCCAACCAUAUGAACAUUAUGCCAAAUAGGCGAAGAUGAGUCUUCAUCAAAGGCAUGGAUAUGAGGUGACGUAACCAUGUUUUUAAAACAAAUUUUGACCAGUAGCAUACAAGAUGAGAGAGAGAGAUUAUAGCCAAUAAAUUUAUUUAUCAUUAAUUCUGACGACCGUACGUAUAUGCCAUUAAAUGAAUUCUGGUUUACGCGUACGAGGGCAGUCGUUCAAGGAAUAGUACUUCGAACUACCAAAGUCUUGAGAAUGGUUAAAAAUUUGAAACUUGUUUUCUCACUGCAAACUUGGAUUUUUCAUGUCUUUUGCACUUAAUAAACCAACGAUCCC